UCAAGAAGUAGACCCAUGCGAGUCCAAGAACUUAAUGUGAAACAAACUCAGUUCUCAUAAAGUUGGAAUUCAAACACUUUUAUUUUGGCUCCAAGGGAUAUUUAGUCUAAUCUUGACUCUGGAUAUACUAAAUUGCAGAAAAAAUAAUAUCAAAAACUUCAUGAAUUAAAAAUAACCUGAUCUUCCUGCGUUAUAAUAAAAUAUGAUGACAUAAUAAGUUUGAGACAGAUGCAGUACCUGUAAUUGAACAUAUGCAAGAGUGAUUAAUAAUUCAGUAAAGCAUAGCAGAAUAAGAAGUAUGAUAGUUGACAUGCAUCAAACCGAUAAAUCAGCAAUUUAAGCUACAAUAUUCUAGUAAUUUAAGGUUGUACGCCAUCCAAGUGAGUGUUAGAGGGAGAUACGAUAUUAAAUCCGCACCAAACUGGAGGAUCAAGGUGGCGGGGACGGCGGAGGAAACACAACAACAUCAUCCCCUAUGAAUUCAUCCAAAAUUGCUUCUGUUGCUGAACAAUUAUCUACAUUAGUCGACGAUUCGAUUCUUUUCAAUUCAAUCUCUAUAUUGCAUUAGCCAGGUGCUUACCAUGUGUUACAAGGAUAAAUCUCCGGCAAUGGAUCCAUCUUCGACCAGUUUUACGCUGAUUCGAAUUCUAACUGAAGCUGAUACCUCUAUACAAGACCGAGAUCCAGGUAAUCGAAUUCCUCAUAAUUUAUUACUAGAAUCAUUAGGUUCAUCAGGAUUUUGGGAUUUCGUAUUCAAUGGUGAGAUUGGAAGAAACACACCUAGAAAUAUUGCCAGAACCCCAACUCAGAAAAUCCCUGCCCAGCCUCUAGUGAUGAAUUUGCGCAAACGAGCACGAAAAAGUGUGAUUGUUGGUCUUCCUGCACCAAGCCGAUUUCCAGGUUCCUACCAAAGUGAUGUAAGUCAGACUUGUGAAGACCUCCAAAACCUCCAGCCAAGCAUAAGAGUAUCUCGAAUGGCGAGCGAACGACCACACCCUCAUUUAUCCCAAAUGCAAUGUGGUAAAGAAAGAUUACCACCUAAUGAGGCUUCAAGACCAAGAUGCCAACCCUCUCAGCAGCUCGCCCAAGGAAAAAGAUUUCAUCCUAGAAAAGGAUUGUCUUCCUUAAUGAUUGGUGGUGGACAUAAAUCUUUAAUUGGAGAGCAAAGAGAAGGAAACAUGGAGGUAGAAAAUCAAGAUUUUUCUAGAGUUGAUAAGUCAUCAAAAGCGACAUCAGAUCAAAACUGUCAACCAUCGGGAAGAAUGCGAGGCAGCUUAUCAGGCCGGGCAUAUGCUAAUGCUCUUAGCCAGUACAUAAUUCAACCAACCCAAGUGACAUCUCCAUCCGCCACCAGAGAUCCACCAGUAAAUCCAUUCUCAACUCCUAGUGGCAGUAUUGGUGCGGCUAAAAUACCCUACAGGCAUGCAUAUACUUUGGCAAACCAACCAACGCAAGUAGAAGCAGAAGUAUGUGUUGAACCGAAGCAAGAAAAUACUGACACUGAAGAUGAAGCAGCAAAACCAGGAUUAUGCAGGAUAAUCGAGGAUGGUAAGCAUGUGGAAAUUUUCUUGUGUGGUUUAGCAUCAAAUCCUGCUUCGCAUAAGCUAAUGCAUGUUCAGUUUAAGUUUAUCCUGUUCAGCAAUAAUGUAGAUUAUGAUGACGAGGCUAAGCGGAAAAUGAAGAAAAAGAAAAUAGCUAGGGAAGAGUUAGGAUUGAGUUGUCAGUCAGGCUUAACCACUGAAUAUCUCAAUAAAACUAAUGACAAUGUUGAGCAAGUCAUUCUUAUAGCCAAUCGUGAUGGUUCAUUCAUGUCUACAGAGAACAUUAAUCAUGUUCCAGAGGAGGUGGAAAGCAUUCUUGGUAAAAGGACCCUCUCUGCCAUCUUCAAAACAGAGAAGCCGGAAAAGCACCACUCAGUUAAAGUUGUACAGGAACGUUUUGUAUGUAGGGCAUGUAAUCAGGAGGGACACAUGAGGACCUACAAAAACUGUCCUAUUUAUGGAACCGGUUUAGACACACAAAUAAACCCUAGAAACAAUCAACCGAUGCAAGUUGAUGCAGAAGAAUUCUGGGAAGAUGAGGCGGUAAAGUCCUCUGCAACAAAAAUGCACGUGAAAAUUUUGUAUGUGGGGCAUGUGGUCAGGAGGGACACAUGAAGACCAACAAGAACUGUCCUAGGUAUGGACAGGAUGCGGACAUACAAGUAGUUGAAAGCUCUGGCAUGGAAAGUUUAUCUGAGAAGCGUAACUGUCUUAAUUCCACUGGCCAACCAAAGAGUGUAAAGUGUAUAAAAGAUAUGCAAGAGAUUGUUAUGCGAAAAGCCCGUGAAGAUGAAAAGGAUGAUAUCCUUAGAGUUGAACAAGCAACUAAAGCUGCACAUGAAAAAUUGUUAAUGGCAUCGCGGAAACGUAAGAGGGCACAAACACUAAGGGAAUAUGCUGACUUGUUAGCAGAGCGUGCAAUCAUGGCGUUCAAAAUUGCCCAAGCUGCUCGAUUGUCCGAGUCUUCUAGUAGCUUCAUCUUCUCUGGAUAAUUGAUUCAAACUGUUUGAUGCGUCGACACUUUAUUUUUGCUGCAACCCACAUGAAAGGACUUCCCAAAAUGUCACCUAUCUUGAGAUCAAAUGGUAAUGCCGAAGGACUUGGUUAGAUGUAUGAGAUUUUCAUGCAAUUGAGCAUUCACUUAGGAUUAAUCUCAUUGAGUCAUACG